AGCAGGCUUCCCCGCAGAGCAGGGAGCCGGAUGUGGGGCUCGAUCCCAGGGUCCUGGGAUCAGGACCUGAGCCGAAGGCAGACGCUUAACGACUGAGCCACCCAGGCGCCCCUCUUUUUCCUUUUUUUUUUAAGAUUUUAUUUUAUUGUUUUUAAAAGAUUUUAUUUAUUUCUUUGACAGAGAGAGACACAGUGAGAGAGGGAACACAAGCAGGGGGAGUGGGAGAGGGAGAAGCAGGCUCCCCACCGAGCAGGGAGCCCGGCACAGGGCUCAAUCCCAGGACCCUGGGAUCAUACCCGAGCCGAAGGCAGACGCUUAACCAACUGAGCCACCCAGGCACCCCUUUAAGAUUUUAUUUUUAAGUAAUCUCUACACCCAACGUGGGGCUCAAACUCACAACCCCGAGGUCAAAAGUCGCACACACUCCACCGACUGAGCCAGCCGGGCGCCCCGCACGAUCGGUUUUGUACCAUUCAUUUGAUGCAGGCAAGAUAACAUCAGACAGAAAGCACCUACUGAAGCUAAUUUCCUUGGGAGGGGGUGACAGUAUGGCGGAUGCUCUGAGUUGCAUAGACUCCUCUCUAGAUACUUUGCCUAUUUAAACCCUGAUGAGUCAUUGGCUAGCUAAGUUAGAGCACAGAGUAUGGAGAGACGACGAGGCCCUUGAAAGCCAUGCCAACAAACUUGGACGUGAUCUUGUGUAUGCAAAAGGGGGAAUCACCUGAGGUUUUAAAGCCUAAGAGAGACAUGCUCAGGUUUCUUGAGGUUAAUUUGGAAUUCCCCAGGAGGUAGAACCUUCUCUAGAGGCAGGGGAGUGAAGGAAGAAAGAGCUGUAGCGGUUGUAAAUUGUUCACAUGGGAACUGAUGGGGAUUUGAACAAAUGGAAUGGAAUUGAGAGACCCGAUUGGGCCCUCAGAGAACUGACAAUCUGAGAGAUGAUGAAGGCCCAUGACUAACGAAGUGUGUGUCUGUGCGUGUGUGUGUAAGGAAAAUCCUGCCUCAGGAUUUCCUCACGUGGCCCAGCCUGAGAUCUCUGCAACCCAGUUCUUCAGGGGAGUCACCUGCUCUCUCCAUCAUGGAGCCCCUGACACUCUAGAAUCCUUGGGGCUUACUUGUACUUUUGUAGCUUCCUCAGCCUUAGUCCUCAAACAGAAGGGGAAAAAAUAUUCUUUUGUUUUAUUUUUUUAAAGAUUUUAUUUAUUUAUUUGAGAGAGAGAAUGAGAGACAGAGAGCAUGAGAGGGAGGAGGGUCAGAGGGAGAAGCAGACCCCCUGCUGAGCAGGGAUCCUGAUGCGGGACUCCAUCCAGGGACUCCAGGAUCAUGACCUGAGUCGAAGGCAGUCGCCCAACCAACUGAGCCACCCAGGUGCCCCUCUUUUGUUCUUUUAAACUGAAAACCAGAAUCUGAUAAAUAUGUAAAUGAGUUGCUUGCCUACUGAAGCAUACAGCUAAACUAUGAUCCAAGCAGUGGGAACAUUGAGAUCAUUUCCUGAAUUCCUUCUGUCCCAGAUGUUAAGACUGAUACAUUUGAAGUUUCUAUAAACUUAAGCCCUCAUUUAAGAAUUUAAGUUUUGAAGACGGUCUAAAGGAAAACCUUCACUGUAGAAAGGGCCAAUUUGACUAUUAAUUCUGGGUUAGAUGUUCUGUGGUGAGCAAACAGGUCCAACCUGUAUGGUUAAUUACUAGAACUAACAAAUUUUUUUCUGUCAUGAAGAAUGUAGGGCUCUAAAUUGUUACCAAUGGUUAUUUUUGAGAUUUAGGAGUGCAUGUGUGUGGGGGGGGAGUGGAUAUUAAAAGAGAGUGUUUAUCCUUUUACUUUACACGCUCCUGUAGUGUUUGAAUUUUUAAACAUGUAUUCUUUUUUGUAAUUUCAGAACAACUAAAAGAAUUUGAUUAGAUGUAAAUUGUAACGGCUGUACAGAGGAUCAAAGGAAUCAGUCUGAAUUAUCUGAUUUUAACUGAAUUUGAAAAAGACGAUCUGAUAUUAUCUAAGUACCAGGAGGCAACUUGUCACGUUGCAGCUGCCUAGCAGCAGAUUAUAAUGUGCCUGCAAAAGCAUCCCACAGGCCAUGACCCUGGAAGUGGCCUUGCAAGCUGAGCAGGAUUUCCUUACAACACAGGGAGAAUCUGAAGGGCCUUCUCACUUUCCCAUAAACAAAUACAAGUUCCUCUAUUCUGUUGUGUUUUUAUUUUUGUUUUCUAAAAUUGUGUAGGUUAUACAUCCUCACUGUAAAAACAAAAUUCAAAAAAAAAAUCAAAAAAAUCAAAAAACAAAACAACAACAACAAAAAAAACAAAAAAACCCAAAAUUCAGACAAUACAGACAUAUGAAAACCUUAUUCUUUCAGAAGUAACCAGUUUGGAGUUUGGUUGUGUAUCCUUUCAGAUUUUACACACGCACAAUUUCAGCUCCUAGUUUUCUUUUUUUUCUUUUUUUAAGUAGGUUCCACACCCAGUGCGGAGCCCAGCAUGGGGCUUGAACUCACAACCUGGAGAUCAAGACCUGAGCCGAGACCAAGAGUCGGAUGCCUAAGGGACUGAGCCACCCAGGCACCCCUUCCUUUUUUAUUUUUUUAAGAUAGAAUUCAUAUACCAUAAACUUCGCCAUUUUAAAGAUUUUAUUUAUUUAUUUAUUUAUUUAUUUAUUUAAAUUUAUUUGAGAGAGAGCGAAAGCGAGAGAGAUCACAGAGGGAGAGGGAGAAGCAGACUCGCCACUGAGUGGAGAGCCCAAUGCGGGGCUCGAUUUCAGGACCCUGGGAUCAUGACCCAAGCCAAAGGCAUCCACUCAACUGACUGAGCCACCCAGAUGCCCCAAACUUUGCCAUUUUAAAUAAGUGUACAAUUCAGUGGUUUUCAAAGAUUUUUUAAAAAUUUAAGUAAUCUCUGUACCCCACGUGGGGCUCAAAAUCCCAACCCCGAGAUCAAGAGUCACAUGCUCUUCUGACUGCGCCAGUCAGGCACCCCCUAUUCAGUGGUUUUUAAUAUAUUCAUAAAGCUGCACAAUCAUCACCACGAAUUCCAGAACAUUUCAUCACCCCAAAAAGAAACCCUAUACCCAUUAGCAGUCACUCCUCAUUCCCCACUCCCCCCACCCAUCCUGGCAACCAUUAAUCUAUUUUCUGUCUCUAAAGAUCUACCUAUUCUGGACAUUUCACUUAAAUGGAAUCACACAAUAUGUGUCCUUUAGUACCUGGCUUCUUUCACUUAGCAUGUUUUCAAGGUUCUUCCACGUUGUGGCAUGGAUCCAUGCUUCAUUCCUUUUUACGGUUGAAUAAUAUUCCAUCCUGUGGAUAGACCACAUUUUGUUGAUCUAUUCAUCAGCUGAUAGACAUUUACAUUUUUUCCAGUUUGGGGCUAAUAUGAAUAAUGCUGCUAUGAGUAUCCACGUAUACAUUUUUGUAUGAACGUACAUUCUCCGUUCUUUUAGAAUUGCUAGGUCGUAUGGUAACUCUGUUUAACUUUUCUUUGAGAAACUGUCAAGCUGUUUCUCACAGCAGCAGCACCAUUUUACUGGCAACGUACAAGGGCUCCAAUUUCUCCACACCAUCAUCAAUACAUGUUAUUUUCUUUCUUUCUUAUUCUAGCCAUCCCCAUGAGCGUGAAGUGGUACCUUAUUUUGGUUUUUGAUUUGCAUUUCCCUAAGGACUAAUGAUACUGAGCAUCUUUUCUAUGUGAGUGGCUGUUUACAUGUCAUCCUCAGGGGCACCUGGACGGCUCAGUCAGUUAAACAUCUGACUCUUGGUUUUGGCUCGGGUCAUGACCUUGAUGUCCUGAGAUCAAGCCCUGUGUUGAGCCCCGGGUCAGGCUCUGCACGCAGUGGAGAGUCUACUUGUCCCUCAGCCCCUCCCCCAACUUGCGCGCGUGCACGUGCACUCUCUCUCUCUAAAAUAAAUAAAAUCUUACAUAUCAUCUUUGGAGAAAUGUUUAUUUAAAUUCUUUGCCCAUUUGAAAAGCUGGGUCAAUUUGACUUUUUACUGUUGUUCGUUGUAUAUUCUGGAUGCAAGUCCCAUAGCAGAUAUAAGAUUUGCAAAUAUUUUCUCCCAUUCUGUGGAUAUUUUUUUGUUUCUUUGAAUAAAAAUAAGUUACUAGGGCGCCUGGGUGGCUCAGUCGGUUAAGCGACUGCCUUCGGCUCAGGUCAUGAUCCUGGAGUCCCGGGAUCGAGUCCCACAUCGGGCUCCCUGCUCUGCGGGGAGCCUGCUUCUCCCUCUCCCCCUCCCCCUGCUUGUGUUCCCUCUCUCGCUGUGUCUCUCUCUGUCAAAUAAAUAAAUAAAAUCUUUUUUAAAAAAAAAUUACUAAAUAUACUGUCUGUAAUUUGUUCUUUUUCUUCAUCAAUGUAUUAUGGGCCUCUUUCAAUGUCAAGAGAAAAUUAUGUCAUUCUUUUCCCUACGUUAUUUUUUUCCUUCCUUCCUUCCUUUCUCUCUCUCUCUCUCUUUUUUUUUUUUUUUUGGUGGCAUUCCAUUAUAAUUGCUCCACAGUUUGUUUGACCAGUCUUCUGCUGAGCUUUACAGAGUCUUCAGUUUGUGUGUUGGUGAAAGAAAAGGAAUCAGCAACUCUUGGACUGGAGAGACAAUCAUCUACCUACUGUGUUGUCUGCUCCUGGAUGAUGUGAAAAUGCAAGCGGGCACAGGAAGUGUCUCUAACCUGCUUACACUUCCUCUCAACCAAUGUGGUUUCACAACCCCUACAGGCUCACCCCCACCCAGUGUCACCAGCCUGGCGCCUUUGUGAGAAAGUCCCACUGUAAGAGGCCCUGAGGCAUUAUCAUUUCCUUCUUUCACCCUGUCUGGGUUGCCAGCAAAUCCCCAGGGCUCUCUGAGCCUGGAGUGUUGGAUUAGGUCCCUCCAGCUGCUGGAAAGAUGAACUCCUGCAUCAUCGUAAUGAGGCUCCUGCUGUCUGGGCCUUUUCUCUUUGCCCCCGCCUCAGGCUACAACCUGGAAGUGCGGCACGUGCAAAACUUCUCCUUCCCCCUCGCCGGGAGGCAUUUUGGGUACCGCGUCCUGCAGGUUGGAGACCGGGUUAUCGUGGGAGCUCCAGGUGAGGGGAACAGCACGGGAAACCUCUAUCAGUGCCAGCCAGACACUGGCCACUGCCUUCCAGUCAGCCUGAGUGGUUCCAACUAUACCUCCAAGUACUUGGGGAUGACCUUGGCGACAGACUCCACAAGUGGAAAUCUUUUGGCCUGUGAUCCUGGGCUGUCUCGGAUGUGUGACCAGAAUGUCUACCUGAGUGGCCUGUGUUACCUUUUCCACCAGAAUCUGAGGGGUCCUGUGCUGCAAGGGCGCCCUGGUUAUCAGGAAUGUAUAAAGGGCAACGUGGACUUGGUAUUUCUGUUUGAUGGUUCAAUGAGCUUGCAGCCAGAUGAAUUUCAGAAAAUUCUGGACUUCAUGAAGGAUGUGAUGAAGAAGCUCAGCAACUCUUCCUACCAGUUUGCUGCUGUUCAGUUUUCCACGGACUGCAAAACAGAAUUUAAUUUCUUGAAAUAUGUUAAGGUGAAGAACCCUGAUGUUCUGCUGGGCAAAGUAGAACACAUGCGCCAGUUGACCAACACCUUUGGUGCCAUCAACUAUGUUGCGACAGAGGUGUUCCGGCAAGACCUGGGGGCCCGGCCAGAUGCCACCAAAGUGCUUAUCAUCAUCACUGACGGGGAAGCCACGGACCACGAAAACAUUGACUCAGCCAAAGACAUCAUCCGCUACAUCAUUGGGAUUGGAAAGCAUUUUGCAACCAAGGAAAGUCAGGAAAGGCUCCAUGAAUUUGCCUCAAAACCCGCGAAGGAUUUUGUCAAGAUUCUGGACACGUUUGAGAAGCUUAAAGAUCUGUUCACUGAGCUGCAAAAGAAGAUCUAUGUCAUUGAGGGCACAAGCAAACAGGACCUGACAUCCUUCAACAUGGAGCUGUCCUCCAGUGGGAUCAGCGCUGACCUCAGCCACGGCCAUGGCGUCGUGGGGGCAGUUGGAGCCAAGGACUGGGCUGGGGGCUUUCUAGACCUGGAGGCAGACCUGCAGGAUGAUAGAUUUGUUGGGAAUGAACCACUGACACCAGAAGCGAGAGCAGGAUAUUUGGGUUACACAGUGACCUGGCUGCCCUCCCAAAGGCUCACUUCCCUACUGGCCGCUGGAGCCCCCCGACACCAGCAUGUGGGGCGGGUGCUGCUGUUCCAGAAGUCAAAGGAAAGAGGACACUGGAACCAAAUCCAGAAGAUAGAUGGGAGCCAGAUUGGCUCUUACUUCGGUGGCGAGCUGUGUGGCAUUGACAUGGACCAAGAUGGGGAGACAGAGCUGCUGCUGAUCGGAGCCCCCUUGUUCUAUGGGGAGCAGAGAGGAGGCCGGGUGUUUAUCUACCAGAAAAAACAGCUGGGGUUCGAAGUGGUCUCAGAGCUGCAGGGGGACCCUGGCUACCCGCUUGGGCGAUUCGGAGCAGCCAUCGCGGCCCUGACGGACAUCAAUGGGGAUGGGCUGGCGGACGUGGCGGUGGGGGCCCCUCUGGAGGAGCAGGGGGCUGUGUACAUCUUCAACGGGCACUACAGGGGGCUGAGCCCCCGGCCGAGCCAGCGGAUUGAAGGGACGCAGGUGUUCUCAGGAAUUCAGUGGUUUGGACGCUCCAUCCACGGGGUGAAAGACCUCGGAGGAGAUGGCCUGACAGAUGUGGCUGUGGGAGCUGAGGGGCAGGUGAUCGUGCUCAGUGCCCGGCCUGUGGUGGACAUCCUCACUCAGAUAUCCUUCUCUCCGGCGGAGAUCCCAGUGCAUGAAGUGGAAUGCUCCUAUUCAACCAGUAACAAGAAGAAAGAAGGAGUUAACAUCACAGUGUGUUUCCAGGUCAAGCCUCUCACCCUCCAAUUUCAAGGGCUCCUGGUUGCCAACCUCACUUACACUCUGCAGCUGGAUGGCCAUCGGACCAGAAGCCGGGGGCUGUUCCCAGGAGGGAGACAUGAACUCAGCGGGAACACAGCGGUCACUGGAGACCCGUCCUGCACCAAGUUCUGGUUCCACUUCCCGGUAUGCAUUCAAGACCUCAUCUCUCCCAUCAACGUCUCCCUAAAUUUCUCUCUCUGGGAGGAAGAAGGGACACCGAGGCACCAACAUGCGGGCAAGGACAUACGGCCCAUCCUGAGACCCUCACCACACGCAGAGGCCAAGGAGAUCCCUUUUGAGAAGAACUGCGGGGAGGACAAGAAGUGUGAGGCAGACCUGGAGCUCUCGUUCUCCUCUGCACGAUCCAGUGUCCUGCGUCUGACCCCCUCUGCCACCUUCUCUGUGGAGCUGAUACUGAAUAACUUGGAAGAAGACGCGUACUGGGUCCACCUCCACCUGAGCUUCCCCCAGGGACUCUCCUUCCGCAAAGUGGAGAUGCGCAAGCCCCACAGCCAGAUACUUGUGAGCUGCGAGGAGCUUCCCGAGGUAUCUGAGCUUCUGACCAGGAUCCUCUCUUGCAACGUGAGCUCUCCCAUCUUCAGAGCAAGCAGCUCGGUUGUCAUCCAGGUGAUGUUUCAUACGCUGCUGAACAGCUCCUGGGGGGACUUUGUCGAGCUGCACGCCAAUGUGAGCUGUGACAAUGAGGACUCAGACGUCUUGGGGAACAACUUGGCCGCCACCAGCAUCCCCGUCCUGUACCCCAUCAACAUCCUCACUGAGGACAAGGAAAACUCCACACUGUAUGUCAGCUUCACCCCCAAGGGUCCCAAGAGCCACCUUGUCAAACACUUCUACCAGGUGAGGAUUCAGCCUUCUGUCUAUGACCACAACAUGCCUGCCCUGGAGGCCUUGGUUGGAGUGCCGGGGCCUCACAACGAGGGGCCCAUCACACACAAGUGGAGUGUGCAGAUGGAGCCUGCUGUGACUUGCCGUCGUGAGGAUCUCGAGAGGCUGCCCAGUGUGGCUGAGCCUUGUUUGCCCAGAGCCAAGUUCCACUGCCCACUUGUCUUCAAGGAGGAGAUCCUCGUCCAAGUGACCGGGACUGUGGAGCUGGUGGGAGAGAUCGAGGCCCCCUCCAUGUUCAGCCUCUGCAGCUCCCUCUCCAUCUCCUUCAACAGCAGCAAGCAUUUCCACCUCUACGGCAGCAAUGCCUCCCUGGCCCAGGUCAUCAUGAAGGUUGACAUCGUCUACGAGAAGGAAAUGCUCCACGUGUACGUGCUGAGCGGCAUCGGGGGGCUCUUGCUGCUGCUUGUGAUCUUCGCUGUCCUCCACAAGUUUGGCUUCUUCAAACGGAACCUGAAGGAGAAGAUGGAGGCUACUGCAGAAGCUUCCAGUGGAAUCCCUAGAGAAGACUCUGAGAAGCCAGUGUCCGAGGAAGAGGCUGGGGACCCGGGCUGCCUGGAACCCCUCCACAAGGAGGAGGCCCAGGAUGGGGACGGCAAAGACUGAGGCCCCGGCCUGACGCAGAGGGCCCACAACUGGACUCGGUAUGCUGGCUGGCCCUCGGCCUCUACCUGUGUCUCGCUGUGUGUCUUCGGGCAAGUCACUGCCCCCACCUGGGCCUCCGUGUCGCUGUCUGGAACAUGGCGCUCACUCCUGCCUGCCUGCUCUGCGGGCUCAUGGUGAGGGCCCCUAAGGGAUGGGCGGGCAGGCCACGGAGGGGAGGCCUUGUCAUGGUCAGCUGGCUCUGGCUGGCCCCGGUCCUUCUUAGUAUCCUCCCCUGGAAGACAGUAUGUGCUCUAAAUCUGGAAAAACUGUCAUCUCGGGACCUAGUGACUCUCCCGGCCCUCACACCCACCUGCCCUUGGAUGUCCCCAGGGGCCUCAGACCCCCAGAACCUUGCCCUUCACUCUCUCCUGCCCGGAGUCCUGUCAGCUUUCCGUGUGCUGCCGGAGAGCAAACCUGAUCCGUGUCACUACUUUGCUCUGGGGCUGGAGACCAAGUUCCUGAGCAUGCCUUCCAGAAUCUGCAGAAUAUCCUUAACAUGCCAGUGCAAAUUCGGGCCCCUGUUGCCUUCCUGGCCUCCUCCAGAGACUCCCCACCUCCCUUCCUGAGCUCCAGUUACACCAGCCUUCCUCACGAGCCAAGCUCCUUCCUGUCUCACUGCCUUCACCCAGACUGCUCCCUCUGCCUGGAACAUUCCUGCACUCUCCUUCAUCGCAUGGAUCAUGUUCGCUACUUAAUGCUCAUCUCUCAAAUCCAGCCAUGGACUCCAUGGGGGUAGGGACCGUACCAGUCAUGUUCACCUUGGUAACAUCACAGAGCCAGGCACACAAUUUCACCGAACUAGGGAGAGUGCCAGCGGGAAGAUGGAGAAAACGUUUGGGUGGGCCCAUGGCAUCUCCACCCUUCAAGGCUCGGUCUUUCCCUGGGCUCUGGCCUCCUUGCUCCACAGCCCCCACGGGGACGCCCCACGCCCCACCGUGGCCCCCACCGGGAGGCUGUGAGCUCAAGGCACCCGCCGUGUCUGUCCACCCGGCUCCCGGCACCAAACACAGUGCCUGCCAAUGUUUACCCAAUAAAUGUGAAAAUCCGUCCAAUUUUGUGAUGUUUUUAUGCUGGCGCCCCAUUCUGGCCUGGCUCAAUUAAAUGAACAUUUCCUUCUCAACCCUUUCUCUAAGUGGGACCCAAACAGCUCUUCUCUUUUUUCUUUUCUUUCUUUUUUCUUUUUCUUUUUUGUUAUGACAACCCUCAGAGACUGACCUGCAUAAGGCAUUGACAAUUCAUUAAGGUGUGAGAAUAGACCCUCCCUGGCCUUUUUCUAAAACAAUUGGUGGGGCUUGAUCCCGAGGCCCCCACCUUUAGG